AUGAAGAUCUCUGCAAGCAGCACUGCCGCGGCACUUGCCUUUGCGAGCACCAAAUUAGCAUCCGCUCAAAACCUGUCCUUUGGAGCCGACAACUUCUACCGCAGCGACAUCGUAACGGUACAGCCCAUCACUUUCCCAACCCAAAACCAUUUCACCGUCGCCGGCAACCUCUUCAUUCGGAACAACUCCAGCCGUUCACUCUACGCUCCAGCCAUUGUAGUCGGGCAUCCUAUGGGAGCAAUUAAGGAGCAGAGCGCCAAUCUCUACGCCACAAAACUAGCAGAACAGGGCUUCGUCACUGUCUCCAUCGAUACCCCCUUCUGGGGCGGCAGCGAAGGAGAACCACGCAACGCCGUCUCGCCGGACCUCUACGCAGAGGCUUUCAGCGCAGCAGUCGACUACCUCGGCCUGCAAGACUUUGUCGACCGUGAACGUAUCGGCGGCCUGGGCAUUUGCGGCAGCGGCAGCUUCGUCAUCAGCGCCGCCAAGAUCGACCCUCGCCUCAAGGCCAUCGCCACUGCCAGUAUGUACGAUAUGGGCGCCGCCGCCCGCGACGGGUUGCGCCAUACGGUGAGCGUUAAGCAGCGCAAAGAAAUCAUCGCUACCGCUGCUGCGCAGCGCUGGGUUGAGGCGGCUGGCGGCGAGAUUGAGUACACCGGUGGUACCCCCAACCAGCUUACCAAUGCCUCGACGGCGGUCGAUCGGGAGUUUUACGACUUCUAUCGCACCCAGCGCGGCGAGUUCACCCCGGAGAACACCACGGCUAAUCUCACUACCCACCCUACACUUUCAAGCAACACCAAGUUUAUGAACUUUUACCCGUUCAACGACAUCGAGACAAUUUCACCGCGCCCGUUGCUGUUUAUUUCGGGCGACCAGGCUCACUCGCGUGAGUUCAGUGAGGAUGCCUACGCCCGUGCUGCUGAGCCAAAGGAGCUUCUUUGGGUUCCAGGCGCUGGACAUGUCGACCUGUACGAUCGUGUGGAGCUUAUUCCCUUCGACAAGCUGACCCAGUUUUUCCGGACGAACCUGGUCGCUAACGGAACCAGCUUGAGGGUGCAGUAG